CUACCCCGAAUUAUUAUUCGAGAACCCUUCCGUUCAUUCAUUCUACAAAUGUCAAGAGACGAAUCAGCUGUAAAAUCGCAAAAUGUAGUUAAUUAAAUAUCGAGAACAACCAACAACUAAAUACACCGCAACGCACUAAAAAUAAUGUCCAUAAUUUGCGAAGAAAUUUUCGAUGAGAUCACGCACCCCUCGGAAGAAGAAAUAAAAGACUAUGCACAGAAGAUCGGCAUUGAUCCUGAUUCGGAGCCCCAGCUUCUACCUAUUGCAGCUGAGGGGCUCAUGAAAGCUCUGCCACCUGGUUGGAAACCUUGUUACGAUGAUAAGAGAAAGUGUUAUUACUAUUACAAUAAUUUAACAAAGAAGACGCAAUGGGAGCAUCCGCUAGACGAUAUAUACAGGGGGCUCGUAAAAAAGGCACGCAACGAAAGCCAAUCUUUGAGCAUACAAGACAACAGAGAAGAUGCUACUUAUAUAGCGGAUGAUAUUUUGAGUUUGGAUGAAUCUGUUUCUAACGUAGUGGCAGGGAAAAAAUUAGAUCCUUUACCUCUAGCCGCUUUGGGAGCGAAGAAAAAGGACAUACGCUUGUCUCCUCUGAAAUUAAGCCCGAAUGCCAGCCCUAAGAAAGAUUUGAAACUGUUGAAACAGAAGUCCGAAGACUUUGCGUUGGGCCCGAAGAAAUUAUCGCUAGGAUUUAGCAGUUUUGACGAUGCGGAGAAAGAGCUUUCCGCGUUUUCUGGACACCCCAGAAACAUGGAGUUAAAAGUUGCAGGUGGCGGGUCCAUGUUCUUAAAAUCAAACACCGUUAGAAAAAACAGCGACACUAUUCUAAAUAGUCUUAGCAUGAAGACUGAUAGUUCUCAGGAUUUACUCGCACCAAGAAGUAUACUACGUGAAAAAAACACGAUGGAACAUUCAAAAAGUCUGGAAUUCGACAAAAUACCUCAACAGGACAAAUCAGAGAGGGACGACGAUGAUAAAAAGAGCGUUAGAUUUAAUUUAGACAAUAAUACGGACGUAGCAGUCACUCUUUCCGACAAAAGCUCUAGCGAAGAAGAAAUUAAAAGCGAUAGAAACAAAGUUGAUGAUAUUAUAAAUGUGAAACUAACGCCGAAUAAGGGCAGGUUUUCGGUGCAACCUGUGCUGGAACCAAUAAAAAACACUCCCUUAAAAUUAAUCAAACCAGAUAUUAAACCUUUUCGGCAAAAAGAUUUCAUUAGACCGAAGUUAACUUUAAACAAAGGUUCGGAUUCCGAUGAAGAAACCCACAGUUUAGAAAAAGCAGGCGUUGAUAAUCCCGGGGAAUUGUUUAACAACACCGACGAAUCCGACUCCUCGGGAGAAAACUUCAAAGAGAAAUCCAAAAAAUUAGAAGAAAAAGCCGAUAAGAAAGUAGAAGAAAUGAAGCACAAAAUAUGGGAAGAAAAGAACCAAGAGUUUAUCAAAUUCAAAACCGACAUGGAAACCUCACACAAGCAGGAACUGAAGAGAGUUUUAGCCGAAGAAAAAUCGAAGCAGGAUCAACUAGUAAAACAAGAAAUGAAAAACGUCAAAGACGAAAUAAUUAUAAAGCACCAAAUGGAACUGGAAGAAGAACGAGCAAAAUUGGAAGAUAAAUUGAACAUAUUAAAAGCCGCUUUGGAAACCGACAUCAAGAAACAGGAAGAAAGUCUCAAGGCGAAUUUCGACAAUAAGAAGGAAGAAUUAGAAAAGUAUUACGAUGAAAAAUUGGCAGAAGUUGAGAAAGAAUUGGCUGAAAAAGUGGACAGGACCAAGGAUGAUUUGACGAUGAACCACAACGCCGAUAUCGAACAAUUAAAAGAGAACCAUUCCAUCAUAAUCGAAGAGUUAAAAAGACAAUUCGAUUCCGAAGAGCAAGCUUUGCGGAAGUCUCAUCAAUCCAAAAUGGCUGAAAUACGUAGUAAAAUUCAGACUGAUACGGACCAAGAAAAAAACCGAAGUUCCUCCGACGAGAAAUCAUACGAAAAAUUACGCUGCGAAAAAAGACUACUGGAAGACAAAUAUAGAUGUUUGAAAGAAAAGUAUUUUAAGUUAAAAACCGAAGUCAAAGUAACAAUGGAAAAACGAAAUAGAAGAAAAGAACAAAGUAUAGCGACCAACACCACUGGAUCAGAGACUGAACAGAGCAAUUCCAACAACAAAGACAGAAUAAUUUUGGAGAAACCGCCUACUCCGAAACACUCUCGCGCCUCAAACUCCGAAGAACCUAAGCAGAAAGAAGCCAAAAUGGUGAAACAAGUCGUCAUACAAGACCUGGACACAUCCGUAAGCGACAACUGCUACCACAGCGACGACAAAACCAACCAAAACGACAGCUCAGACAACACUAAUCCCGGAAGGAGCCGAAAAAAGAUGUUUUCCAGGGUAAAGAGUUCUUCUACGUCGCGAAUCAACAACAACACCAAACCGCGCAAGGCCCAGCGAUCCUGUUCGCCCGUGGAAAAUCUUCGAAGGCAACUCCAGAAGCUGGAGGAUCUGGAAGACCAGUUUCCCGACAACGCGCAAGCCGACACCUAUCACCUGAGGUAUCCGUUCUCGGACGCUCACAAAUUCGAAGGUAGCUCCGAACUGGAAUUCUUUCGACACCGCAUCCACCUGGAACGCGAUUCCAUCAAGCGAGCCAAAGAGAGCCUGAGGAGCCAGAAGAGCCUGUUCCAGCAGAGACAGAAGGAGUUGAAAUUGAAGCACGGGACGAUGGCCAGGCACACCUUGCAGCAAUUAUGCCAGGAAGAAAAAGAACUGACCGAUAUGGAGGUGAACUUGCACCGGACGCGCAGUCUUUUGGGCGAAAAGGUUAUCCGUCUGCGCCACUUGGAGCAGUCGCUGCAACGGGCCAAUGUUCAAAACGAUCAAAACCACGACGACGCCACGUUGAGCGACAUCUCGUCUCACAGCGCCAGCUCGGGAAUCUCGUCCACGGAAUUCGCGACGGGCGACUUCGCGAAGGGCCUGCUCAACAGGGAGAAAUUUCAGGAGAGUUCGGAGAUCAUACACAACCUGGAGAGUUUGAAUUCGGAGAUCAGGGAGAUUUGGGACGUGCUGAGGCAACAGCACCAGCAUUCGAACGUUCAGCAAGUGAUCCCGCCGUUGGUGUAUCCCGAUUUGGGCUGGCCGGUUUUGGCGGCGACCGCGAGCGUAGCGCCCGCUCCGCCGUCUAUACCCACUCUGGCGGAUCGUUUGCACAAUUACAGGCAACAUCUGGCUCUGGCUAACGCGCAAAGUACGGUGGUGACGCACGCUACUCAAGGGGCGACCACCACGUUGGUGGAGAGGACCAGGAGCUUGAGGCAUUGGUUGAAGCAGACCGGGCUGGAUGGAGGGAGCGGCAACGAGGCCAAUCCUCCGCAGGCGACGCUGUGAGAAUUAACGGGUAGUCAUGAUGAGGCUGAUUAAGUAAGGAUUUGGUGCAAUCGAGCGAGUUUGUUUUACUUGAGUUGGGUUUCGGAAGGUGUUUCGCUUUGGGUAGAGUUUUUUUAGCGAUCGCGUGGUUUUUUUACGGAAUGUCUUAUAAGAGAAUAAUGGAGAGUUGUUGAUUUAUCAGGUUUUUAUUUGAAUUUUUCUAAGAGUUAUAUUUCUUCCAAGAAAAAAAAAUAGUACUCAAAUGUAUGUACACAUACAGCGUUGUAUUAACUCAUAUUUAUGAAGUAGAGCAAUUAUUUAAGAAAUCAUUCAUUUGGCUCGUAUUUAUUUUUAAUACAAUUCCAAGCUGGAUAAAUUCCUAGAUAUUUAUUUAUUUUUUGUUAUAAUAGUUAUUUAUAUGCGAUAACCAAUUUCAAACAUUUGCCCUACUAAGUUAUAUCAAUAAGAAUAAAUAUUCUUCCAUUUUUUUCUCAUAUACCUACUUUAUUUUGCAAGUAGCGAGUUUAUAUUGAAAUCAUUGCUCACGAUCAAUAAAUCCCUUUAGUAACUGUUAAUUUUAUUAAUAAGAAUUUAUGAAAAAUAUUGUUAAAAAUUGAAUAGCUUUAUAGGUUUUUGAUGUGCACAAUACUGCAAUUACAUGGUGGUACUAACUUUAAUAGUUUACCGAUUUUUAACUAGUACCAACUCUACAUUUGCUCUUUGGUAGUUCAAAUGGCACAAUUGAUAAUUUCUUGCACAACUGUAUUUCAAAUUUACUUCUUAAGAAAUUAGCGCACGAUCAAAACAUCUUGUUCUUCAUCGAAUAGACUCAUUUUUUUUUAGUUUGAUAGUGCGUGUUUUUCUUUAAGAUGAAAAAUACUUUAUAAACUUAUAUAAACGUCAUAGUAGAAGAAAAUAUUUGCCCCCGUCUACUUGAAUGUCUUAUUACCGAAAUAAUGCAAAGUUUAUUAGUUCUACUAAAUACUUUCAACUUACUAACUAUCAACUAUCACCCAAACUCUAAACCCAUAAUCAAAUAAAUUAUGACUGUUUUUUGAAAAAAUAUUACCUACCUUGCCUUAUUAUUGAAUUAAUAUUAUAUACAUGUAUAAUCUUAAAAAGUUCUGACUGAAUGUUUUUAUAGAUGUGAUAAAUUUUUUGGGAGUCGAACAGCGAUGAGAUAAUUCGCUGUUUCAAGAAGGCUGUCUUUCGAAUCUUUUCUCUUGUCCUUUUUACCUAACUGAUUAUUUAUCGGUUUUACCGAAAGAAGACUAAUUUUUUAGUAAGGAAAAAAGUUCAAUUCAAUACUAGUCUUUUUAUCUAAACACUCUGUAAGAUUAGGUAAUAACUGUUUACGAAUAUAUGUAUUGCUGUAGGUACUUUUACCUAUAAGUAAGCACUUCUGCCAAGCAUGUUAGUACAAUAUAGUGCCAAUAUAAAAAAGUUUUAUUUUUUAAAAAUAUAUUUUAAUCGAUUAAUUCACUUCUAAAUGAAUUCAGGGAGUUCUAGAACUUAUGGCACUAAAUUUUAGUGGUGGUAGUUUGUAUAAUUUGAGAGCGAU